UCCCUCACUUUCUCCGUUUCUCGUCUCUUCCGACGACAUUUUCCGAGAAAAUCACCACUGAGAUAUAUAGAGAUACAGAGCAAAAUACAUUAAUAGGAAGCUUUCAUUAGUAUUAUUAUCUCCGCCGCCAUGGCUAUCGAGCGUCAUCGAUUACGCGUAUAAACCAAUUGCGUUUUUUUUUUUUUUUUUAAGUUUUUUUGAACAGACGUGUACGGAGCUCUGUGUUUUGUGUAGCUUCUUCGGUCAACUUAUUAGAAGAACGAGAGAGAGAGAGAUAGAGAGAGGAGGUACUAUAAUGGGUUCGUCCUUGUCGAAUCUAAACGACGGGACGAAUGGUUUGUCUAUGGGAACAAGUCUGGGCGAUAUACCGGAAAGCUGCGUGGCCUGUGUGUUUAUGUAUUUGACUCCGCCGGAGAUUUGCAAUCUGGCUGGAUUGAAUCGUGCAUUUCGUGGUGCGGCUUCUUCCGAUUCCGUUUGGGAUAAGAAGCUCCCUGCGAAUUAUCAGGAUCUGCUUGAUUUGUUGCCACCGGAGAGGUAUCAUACUCUCUCCAAGAAAGAUAUUUUCGCUGUCCUCUCUCGUCCCAUCCCUUUUGAUGAUGAUACUAAGGAACUAUGGAUUGAUAGAGUUACAGGACGGGUUUGUAUGGCAAUUUCAGCUAGAGGAAUGGCUAUAACUGGGAUUGAAGACCGGAGAUAUUGGAAUUGGAAUCCGACUGAAGAAUCUAGGUUCCAUGUUGUAGCCUACUUACAGCAGAUUUGGUGGUUUGAAGUUGAUGGAACAGUGAGAUUUCAUCUCCCACCUGGUAUAUACUCUCUAUCAUUCAGAAUCCAUCUAGGGAGAUUCACAAAAAGGCUAGGGAGACGUGUGUGCCACUUUGAACAUACUCAUGGUUGGGAUGUAAAGCCUGUGAGGUUUUCGCUUUCAACUUCUGAUGGUCAAAAUGCAUCCUGUGAAUAUUACCUGGACGAUGUAGAGAGAGACGAAGCACUCGGACAACACAAGAGGGGUUGCUGGAUCGAGUAUAGGGUUGGAGAAUUCAUAGUGAAUGGAUCAGAACCAUCAACCGAAAUCCAAUGGUCGAUGAAACAGAUAGACUGCACGCACUCGAAAGGUGGGUUAUGUGUUGAUUCAGUCUUCAUAAACCCAAUUGGUGAUCUGAAGGAAAACAGAAAGAAAGAUUUUGUGAAUUAGCUUUAAAGAGAGAUGAUCACACACACCAAAAAAAGCUUUUGAUUCUUGCAUAAGGUUAAAUUCUUAUUAGUGGUUUUUUCCUUUUUUUUUUUUUUGGGUCAACAAAAUUCUUGUUAGUGGUUAUGUCGUCGUUUUUACUGGUUCCCAAAAUUAGGGUGCAUCGAGUCGACGAUACGGUAACUAAAUUUCAUUUUAUUAUUGUGCAUUUCAUCGAGCAUUUUUGUUUGUUUUGUAUUUUUACUUCAUACUCAUUUUGUUACACAUUUUAGGCGAGAGGACUCUUUUUUUUUGUGUGUGUGGUGUAUACCAUGUUUAUAGGUUGGAUGUUGGAGACUAUGACUAUCUGUAUCCAACCAAGAUUAUCUAAAUUAUUGUCUCUGACUAAUUCUAUUUUA